AUUUUCUUUUUCUUUUUUCUUUUUUUAUUUCGCGCGUAUACCAUACAUAUACACGUAUAUAUAUGAGCAUAUAGGAAAUCUUUCGCGCAUAAUACAAUGAACAAUACACCAACACAACAAAUAAACACCAAUAUUCCAUCAAAAUAUGCAGCUCUUAUUAAUACCGGCAAGGCUAUUGACCAAGUCAUAUCGAAAGACCAAGAACAUCCUGACCUUGUCAACGCUUUAAAUGCACCUACUUCCUCAGUUUACGCGGCUCCUUUAAUAAGUUCAAAGCGCGAGUUUUCUGAGAUAGGCAAAGUAAACAUACCAGCCCAUUUGUUCGAUAGAAUAGCCAGUAUUCAAUGUCGUACUUUCUCGGGCAUCUUUCCAGAAAUCUCUAGAGCUUGGUUAACUAUUGACAAUACGUUGUAUUUGUGGGAUUACAAUAACCCUAUGGCAGAGAUUUUCGAAUAUGCAGAUCAAGAUCAAAUUAUUUUGAGUGCUGCUCUUAUUAAAUCUAGGCCAGGACUUUUCAACGAAACUGUCAAAUAUUUGAUUGUGGUAGCAACACCAUUGCAAGUCAUUUUCAUUGCUGUCAUCAAGCCCAACCAUCUUCCAUCAGUCAGUCACAGUACACCAGAUCAUAGAAGAGUUGAAUAUAUGGCUACCAGAACAGUAGUGUCAACAGACGACGUCAAGAUUCGCUCUAUUACUGGUACAGAUGAUGGUAGAAUCUUUGUAGUCAGUCAUGAUGGUCGAUUACAUGAAAUCAUUCUUACUAGUGAUUCUGCUUAUUGGCUUCGAAGUGACUAUAUGCUUUGUAGAACACAAAGCUUUUAUGAAAAACUUGUCCCAGCACUAGCCCAACCUUUAAUUGGACUUGAUAGACAUCCUCGCGUCAAAUCAAUUGCUGUGGAUAAUGAACGCCAAGUAUUGUACUUGCUUUGCGAAAAAUCAGUCAUUGAAGUGGUUUAUUUGGGAGACGCUACAGACAAUUACAAGCCAAUCUUUAUGCAUAAAAAUAUUGUAGAAAAUGCAAUGCAGAUAUGUAGACAGCAAGUGAGAAGUGCGACUGAAAGAGACUUCCAGAUUGAGUCCAUUCAUGUGAUUUCUAAAAAGGAAUCCAAGCGUAUUCACUUGAUGGCCAUCACAAUCACUGGAUAUCGCCUUUAUUUUACACACUAUCAAGAUGGAUUCCGAACCAUGAUGAAUGUUGUAGAACGACCCAGUACAUUAGAAUUAGGACACAUUCGUAUGCCUCCAUUAGAGCGUCUUGAUGUGACUCAGAUGGCACCUACUUUUUCUAAGUCGUAUUAUGAUUGUGGUAUUUGUGUGUCAGUCAAGGCAAAAGAUGAUAUGUCAGAUUCGCUUCAAAUCACAUCCGUUGGGUUUGGCAAACUUCCAGCACCUAAACAACCUCAAAGCUCCAGUUCAGCUAUUAGAAUGACUACCAGCAUACCAACAGUGGUGAACAAUGUCAACUAUUUUGAGACAAGAGCUUUAUUGCAUCUUAAUGAAAAAGUCUGGACUAUUGUUGAACUGAACAAAGACCUUUUCGGCAAUCAUCCCAUUAAAGAAAUUUCACAGCAAUUCUCAGAUCCUCCUCGCCAAUUUGGUGUAUUGACAACUCAAUCCAUUACAUUUUACAAGAAAGAACGACCUGUUGACAUUUUGCAUCACCUUGUUCAACAACUUGCUGAUAAAUCAAAUGAUUAUUUAAAGUACACUCAGUCCUUCGUUGAACGUUACGGACAAGCAGAAUCAUGCGCCAUGUGUUUAUCUAUUAUUUGUGACAGUACAGAUCAAAAAGUAGAAGAACAAGCGACUGACCUGUAUUUUCGUUUUGGAGGCGAUCCUUCAUCUACUCAUUCAUCUCAAGUCUUGGGUAACUUUUUGGCUCGAGUAGCUGGAGAAGAAGAUGUGAUUUACAGUGGAAAGCGUGAUGGCCUUUUGUUGUAUUUUGCUCGCAUUGUUGCACCUGUUUGGAAGUUGGCACUCUUUCCUGCUGAGAAUAGUCCUGCUACAGAUACACAAAUCCAAGUUAGAUUAAAUAUCGCAAAAGAAAAUUUGCUCAAGCUAAAAAGCUUUAUGGAAAAGAAUUCCCAUAUUUAUAUAUCACCACAUAUCACGGAUCCUAGAUUCCAGGCUACCGAUAAUAGAUCACUUACUUUGAAAUUGGCUGAACAAAAAUCCAUGCACAGCAUUUAUACACUACUUGUGCAGUCUAUCGAAGCUAUUUCCUUUAUUGGGUUUGUUGUCGAAACAACACACUAUAUUGGUAUUGAAAAAUAUUUAGGCAGUGAUGUGCAAAAGGACAAAAUACACGAUUUACACUUGUGUUCCGUCCUGACAACUAUGGAAGGCCGAGAAUUAGUGCAUGAACUCACAAUAGGCACUAUUGCUCGCUUUGGAACAGGAUAUAAUCAUGCAGGAUGUCACGUCGUCAGCCAAGAACUCGAAACUAGAUGUAAAAACUUUUUUGGAUCAAGUGAUAUUUGCUUUUUUAAGGGUCUUGAAUAUCUGUAUGCAGUGGAGCAAGGAGAAUCUGAUCCUGAGAAAGAAUACGCUUUAAAAGAGUCUUUGGUGUGGUUCAAGAAAGCAGCGGAUGAAAUAACCAAGCUUAAAAGUAUCUGUAGUCAAUACAUGCGCUAUUCUUUCCAUAUAGGGAUCAUCGAAUUAGUACUGGAGCGGGCUCGUCGACUUGACCCUAAUAACCAAGGUCUUUUGGCUUUCAAAUCACCUGAAAUGCGAGACGAAAACAAUUUGGCACUCAUGUAUGCUCGUUUUGAAGCUUAUGAUUGCAUCCUCAAUGCUCUGUUAGACAUGUUUUCUUUCAGAACAAAUUCUGUGCCAGCUGAUCGCAAACCUAUUGAUGAUCCCCAUACCUAUGUUACCAAUGUGGUUAGUGUUGCUCUUUCAAGCGAUGAUGAGCUCUUCCAUUACCGACUUUAUCGAUGGUUUAGAGAAAUGGGUUGUAUGGAUGAGCUUUUGUCUGUCGAUACAAAGUAUUUGUUGUAUUACUUGCAUAACUACGAGGACGACCAAAAAGUGAAGUACAGCUUUUUAUUCCAGUACUAUAAAAACAGAGAAGACUUCUUUAGAGCCGCUAAAUAUUCGGAAGCCUUGGCUGAUCUGCCAGGUGUACCAAUGAAUGACCGUAUUGCCCAUCUGGCCAAUGCAUUGAUUGCUGCUCGUUGUGCUGAAAAGCAAGUUCAAGAUUAUCAUCAUGACUAUCUACGACACUUAAAUCAUCGCAUAGUAUGGGCACAAAUCCAAGGACGUAUGAGAGACAUUAUUUAUAGUCAAGGCGGACAAGGUGCUGCUGAAGCUGUUGAACAUUUAAAUCAGCAUUUACUUUCUCCUGAAGAAUUACAAGAAAACUUUAGACAUGUUCCACAAAUCACUCAAUUGCUUGAGGAAGUGGCUUUAAGAAAUGGACAAACUUAAGUUGCUUUCUCUCUUUUUUUCUUGCUCUUACAAACAAUAAUAAAAAAAGACAUUCUAACAAC